GCGGAAGCAUGGCGCGACGCUUCCUGUCCGCCUGCUGUCUGUGCGGCCUGGCUUGGCGACUCGCGCCGUGCGCCGUCGACGCGUGCCUGGCCGCGACCAGCGCGGCCCUGGCGCUGGCCGCCGGGAGGUCCGCGGCGCGCGCCGGUGGGCGAGCGCGGCGAGGCGGCGAGGCUCAGGUUGCGCGUCGGUUCAAGAAGGACAUAGAGGUCGAGGCCAUGUCGGAGGCGGAGGCGGAGGCCAAGGGCAUCAUGCGAUGGCCAGUCUGGAGCUCCCCCGUGACGAAGUUCGAUUGGCAGUGGUCCGGCGACGAGGAGGCGUGGAUACUCGAUGGCGAGGCGACCAUCACGCCCACUGGCGACUGGAAGGACCAGAAGGAGGUGACAGUGAAGGCGGGCGACUUCUGCGUGUUUCCCGACGGCAUGACCUGCAUCUGGAACGUCACCAAGUCCAUCAGCAAGCGCUACAACUACCCCUAG